CCGUAAGUAUACAGCAUGCAGUAAGACGGUAUAGUGCGUCCCGUCAGUUGUGUGAAUUCUGGUGAAUUCGAACAGUCGGCAAACGCAACAGACGAGAGAAACACACCCGUCAAAAUGGCUGAAUUAAUCGCAAUACCGUUGAAAAAACCGUCGGACGUUGACGUUGUCAAGCCCCUCACCAAUGUCAUUAAAUCAACGUACAAUUCAGACACCAAUCAGAAGGAUUACGGCGAGGCGAUCAACGAGUUCAGUAAAUUGAGGAACAAUGCGCUGUGGCGAGCUUUUGAAAAAUACGAGAGUUCUCUGGAGGUUAUUUACAACUAUUAUGAUCAACUCUGCUCCCUAGAGGGAAAAAUUCCAGUUCACGAACUACAGAUUCCGUUCAAAUGGAAAGACGCUUUCGAUCAUACGAUAUUCGGCGGGAAAUUGAGUCUUACUAUCAGUACACUUUCAUACGAGAAAAUGUGCGUGCUGUUCAACAUCGCAGCUCUACAGAGCUCUGUAGCUGCGGGGCAAUCGAUGGAGAGUGACGAGGGCUUGAAAUUGUCUGCGAAAUUAUUUCAACAAGCAGCAGGAAUCUUCAACUACCUAAAAGGCAACGUGAUGCUGUCGAUCCACCAAGAGCCGACGCCCGACAUGUCGCCGGACACCCUGAGCGCCCUCUCCUCCCUGAUGCUGGCGCAGGCCCAAGAGAUCUUCGUCCACAAAGCGAUCCACGACUCAAUGAAGGAAGGAGUGAUCGCCAAGCUGGCCUCCCAGGCCGAGGAGAUGUACUCUGAGACAGCAAAGCUCUUCCAAAAGGACAUGUUCCGCUCCUUCUGGGACAAGGACUGGGUGCCCCUGAUAACAGGCAAGCAGUCUGGCUACCGAGCGAUGGCGGAGCUGUACCAGGCCUCAGUCUGCAAGACGAAAAAAGCCAUCGGCGAGGAGAUAGCCAGACUGGAGUACGCGGUUGACCUGUUCAAAGCGGCUGCCCAGCGCUCGAACAAGCCGAACCUCUUCGAGGAGUACUCCGGACGCGCCCAGCGCCGUCUGACCGAAGUAAAAAAGGACAACGACUUCAUCUACCACGAGAGAAUUCCAAACGUGAAGAACCUGGAGCCCAUUGGCAAGGCGAACGUGGCAAAGCUCCUGCCCCUGAGCCACCCAAUGAGCUCGAGUUUCAAGGACAUCUUCGAGGAGCUGCUGCCAGUGGGCGUCCACCAGGCGAUCUCCUCGUACGAGAUCCGCCGUAACGAGUUGGUGAACUGUGAGAUCUCGAAAUUACGAGAGAUGACACAAGUCCUGAACACAGUAUUAGCCAGCCUGAACCUGCCAGCAGCAAUCGAGGACACGAGUGGCACGGAAAUACCCCAGUCCCUGCUGGAGAAGGCGAGUUACGUGAGAUCAGCUGGUGGCAUAACAGCCCUGGAGACAGCGAUGAACGAUCUCCCAGACCUCCUCCAACGAAACAAAGACAUUCUGGACGAGACCGAGAAGAUGUUGACGGAGGAACGAGACUCCGAUAAUCAGCUGAGGGAGCAGUUCAAGGAGCGUUGGACGAGAAUCCCCAGUGAGAAGUUGACCCAACAGUUCACUGUUAACGCCCAGAAGUAUCGAGCCAUCAUCGACAAUGCUGUGUCAGCUGACAGCACUGUCCGCCAGAAGUUCGAGGCACACAGGGAGGGAAUGGAGAUGCUGAGUAUGGAGGAGAGUCAGCUGGCCUCUGGCAUCCCCUCGGGCUCGGCUCUGCAAGCCAGCAGUGCUGUCAGCCAGCUGCAGAAGCUUAUGGAGGAGGUGGAGACGCUGAAGGCCGAGCGAGAUGUCAUCGAGAGUGAGUUGAAGUCAGCAACAGCUGACAUGAAGUCGGUCUUUCUGGCUGCCCUCGCCAAGGACGGAGCCAUCGACGAGCCCAAUCUCUCGGUCGAGAGCAUUGGGAAGACGUACGGCGCCUUCACCAAUCAGAUCCGCGAGAGCUCGAGCAGACAGGAGAGCCUCGUGUCCGCUAUUCAGUCUGCACACGCGGAAUUUACGAGGGAACAGAGCGGAUGUGGGGGGAACAGGGAGGCCAUGCUCAGGAAGCUCGCCUCGGCUUACGAUGCAUUCAAGGAGCUGAAGAAUAAUCUUCACGAGGGGGCCAAGUUCUAUAAUGAUCUUACGCAGCUGCUCGUCGUCUUCCAGAAUAAAAUAUCGGACUUCUGCUUUGCGAGGAAGACUGAGAAGGAGGAGCUCAUGAAGGAUUUGACUACUAAUUUGAGUCACAGUGGUCCUGCUAUGACGCCUAGCAUUCCAGCUCAUCAUUCCGCACCUGUCGAGCCUGGGUAUGGGGCUGGGGGAGCCUCGCAACUGCCUUAUCCCACGCAGUACCAGGGCGGCAUGCCUGUGCCUUAUGGCCCCUCACCCGCUGCACCUUAUCCCACUUAUGUGCCACCAUCGAUGCCUAAUACGUAUAAUCCGUAUGCCACUAUGCCGUGUCCUAAUCAAGCUCCAUACGGUGCCCCAAGCUACCCAUACCAGCCUCAGCAACCCCAGCCCGGAUACAAUCCUGGCUACGCAACAUUUCCACGAUACCCUGGGGAGCAGCCGCGUCCCGGACAGAAUCCCUGGUGAAUGCGGGACAUCGCAGAAAGUAAUUAUGUCGAUAAUGCUCUUGUUACAUAAAAUUGUAAUUCAGUGGAAGCUUGACGCUUGUUUAUAUUGUUGUCAAUAAACUAUUAAUUCAGUUCAUACUA